UAAAACUUUGCACAUCGAUCUCAUUCUCACUAUUGUCUAUCACAAAGCAGAGCAGACACAUUUGGGCUCUUGUGGAUUUUAUAAGCAGGUGUUGAAAGCAGCGAAGCGGAUCUCAGGUGAUCAGGAAAUAACACGAGCUCCUGCGGCCAUGGCCCGGCGUAUCUCGCCUGCUUUCGCUUUUCUCUUUUGCUUUGUUUUAGCGCAUGUGUUUGAAUCUGAGGCCAAACCUGAACACGAUGUGGCCCUCCGCAGGCAAAAGAGAGAAUGGAUCAUCCCACCUCAAAUUCUAGAAGAGAAUAUAGAUUACACCAAGAGAGAAUUCAUUGCAAAAAUUCGUUCAGAUAGAGAAGACCUUAAGGGGAAGAAUUUGAAAUACUCACUAAAAGGCAUCGGAGCAGACCAGCAUCCUUUCAACUUAUUUGUGGUGAAUCCUGAAACUGGACUUGUGAGAAUAACAGAAAUCCUUGACAGAGAGGCCAUCGCCCAAUAUAAUCUGUCUGGGAGUGCUACUUUCUUAGAAGGCGGUUUGGCAGAAACUGAUAUUGGAUUGAGAAUAAAAGUGAAGGACCAGAAUGACAAUCCUCCUGUUUUUGGUCCAAUGGAACUUGGGAAUGUAGAUGAACUCAGUGCAAAAGGUACACAAGUGAUGAAGAUUAAUUGCAAAGAUGCUGAUGAGCCUGGGAACCCAAAUUCUCAAAUCAAGUAUGAGAUUGUCAGUCAGGAACCGGAUGGGCAACAGAUGUUUGCAGUUGACGAUGAUGGAGUGGUCCGUGUUGCCAAUGAAAAUCUGGAUAGAGAGACCAUUGAUCAGUAUGUGGUUGUGGUCAGGGCCAUGGACCUGAAUGGAAUGCCAGGUGGACACACUUCCACAGGGACGAUGACCAUCAAGAUUAAUGAUGUCAAUGAUAACGUGCCUGUGUUGGAAGGCCCGUUUGAAGGCAGUAUAGAGGAGAACACGCAGCAGGUGGAGGUGAUGAGAUUUAAAGCAACUGACCUAGAUCUUGAGGGGACGGAUAACUGGGUGACGCAGUGCAAUAUUGUAUCAGGCAAUGAGGCCGGAUACUUCAGCAUUAAAACUGAUCCCAAGACCAAUGAGGCCAUUCUGAUGCUUGACAAGGCUGUUGAUUAUGAGGAUGUCAAAGACCUUAACCUUGGCAUUGAUGUAGGCAACAAGGCUCCAUUCCACUCCUCCGUGACUGGUUCACAUCAAGAUAUAACUAUUGGCGGUGGAGGAGGCGGGUCUGGAGGCGGUGGAGGAGGUGGAGGAGGUGGAGGAGGUGGGUCUGGAGGCGGUGGAGGAUCUGGUGGAGGAAACGGUGGUACAUGGUUAUCUUCAACCGUCUAUACUGUUAAUAUAAAAGUAAAAAACCAACCAGAAGGACCCAAGUUCAUCCCUGGAACAAAGGCCAUUACUGUCUCAGAGGAUGGGGGGUCAUUUGACAGUAAGAAGGUCAUUGCAAGAUAUCCGGCCACUGAUACAGACACGGGAAAAGAAGCGACCAACGUAAGGUACGCUAAAGGAUAUGACCCAGAUAACUGGCUGAGUAUCGAUGAGAAAACUGGAGCCAUUACAAUGAAUAAAGCUCCUGAUCGGGAGUCCAAGUUUCUAACUAAUGGAACUUACUUCGCCAAGAUUUUCAGCAUUACUCAAGACUUGCCUUCUAAGACAGCAACAGGUACAAUUGCUAUCCAGGUUGAGGAUUUUAAUGACCAUUGCCCCACUUUGACAAGCAAAAAUCAGUCACUGUGCACUGACAAGGAUGCGAUCUUGGUUACUGCAAUGGAUGGGGAUGCAGAUCCUAAUGGACCUCCAUUCACGUUCAACAUUGUCGAUGAUGGAACUAAGGGGAAGUGGACAAUUGAACAUUUAAAUGACACCACUGUCAUCUUCAGAACCCAUGAAAAAAUGUGGCCAGGACAGUACGAGCUUACUGUGGAGGUCAAAGACCAGCAGGGACUCUCAUGUCCAGUACCAGAGAAGCUAAAGGUGGAGGUGUGUACCUGUACAAAUCAGGGCAGUUGUAAUAGAGUCAACGGGCCCGCAGCGCGGAAGGGCUCCACGUUAGGAUCUGCUGGAAUCGGGCUGCUCCUUCUUGGUCUCCUUGCUUUAUUGCUCAUACCCCUGCUGUUGCUGCUCUGUCAGUGUGGAUCAGCUGGCUUUGUAGGUCCCUUCGCAGACAUGCCCUAUGACACCAAAGAACAUCUCAUCGCCUACCACACAGAGGGCCAGGGAGAGGACAGAGAUGUUCCAGUACUAUUUGGCGAUGAGCAUGAUGCUAGGUUUGGCUACACAAAAAUAGGAGGGGGUGGUGGUGUUGCUUCAGGGCGUGAGAUGUCAAGUUUGGCCGAAUUGAAUCAAGCUGGGGGCUUCAUGGUGUCCUCUUCUGCAAUGCAUGGCAAUAGAAUGGGAAUGUACAACAGUGGCGCAGGAAUGUACAACAUGGAAUCGAUGCAAUGGAACGCCGGUAUGGCAGAAGAGGCUGGAGGUUUCGACGGGAUGGCCGCAUCUGAGCAGUUCUUGGAUGAGUACUACUCACAGAAAAGCCGGGCUAUAGAAGAUGGUUUUGCUAAAAACAACAUUCUGGAGUACCAAAAUGAGGGGAAUGGUUCUCUUGCUGGUUCUGUUGAGGCCAUUAGUAUGCUGGAAGAUGACAACGAUUUAGCCUUUCUCAAUGACCUUGGACCAAAGUUUAACACUCUUGCUCAAGUAUGCGGAGGUAAAAUGACCACAGUUGAGCAAGAUGUGCCCCCUUCCUCCCCUCCUAAACCUGUGGAACGUACUGUCGUCAGCAGCAAUCACUUUGACUACAACAGUAGUAUGGCUGAAAACACAGUGAACAUGGUUUCUAAUGCUUCAUCAUCGACCCGGGUGGAGAACGUGCUCGUGACGGAGAAUCGCCCCACAGUGUAUGCCAGUGUACAACCAACUACAACGCUUCUAGUGCAACAACAGCAGCCCAUGUACUACAUGGUCGAGCAGCAGCCAAGCACCGUACUGCUAGCCGAAAGGCCCGCCAUGAGCUACGGGCAGAAUAUGUACGUGCUAAAUGGCGGCCAGAUGGGCGAGGAGGUUGUGCUUCAGGGUGCCAACGUAGCGUCGAGCCACGGCGAGAGAAUGGUGCUCCUGGAGAGAGGUGGAACUACUCAAGCUGUCAACACUGGGGUGCUACAAAUGGGUAGUUUGUCCGGAUCGCAAGUUCUGCUGGUGGAUGGGGGUGCCCAAAGCGGCCACGUCCUUCAGGGGACGCUGAAGAGGGGGGUUGCAGGAUCUCAGGGUGUGGUGGUUGUGGAAGGUGGACAAGGGGGUGUGCUUCAGGGGUCUCUUAGAAAAGGUGUUUCCACUCAUGGAGGAUCUCAAGGUGGGCUGUAUCAUGUAGAGAAUAGAGGGGGGUCAGGGGUCAUUCAGGGGUCUCCUCAAAAGAGCGCAGGGUCAGUUAGUGGUAAAGUCGUAUCGAGUGGGUCGACCCAACGAAAUGUAACAACACAGAAGAUCAUCCAGGAGAAAAUUGUGACAUCACAAACCACCAUGUAACAAUGCAACACUGCUAGCCUACUUGUGCUGUUGUAACAGUGUUGCCAAGUUUUGAAAUAUAUAUCUCAUGCCUUUAGAAAAUCAGUUAUCAAAAUGAUUGUAUUAUGAAUAUUUGAGCUCAUCUUGUCAUUACACUACAGUAAAUCAUGGAAAAUCCAAAUUAUUGCUUGAGAAAACUGGUUUUAAUGCCUUUGAAUGUUUCUCUCUGUAUUUGUAGUACAUGAUUUAUAUAUAUUGUGCUACUCUCUCCAGGAGCACCAUAUAUAUAUAUAUGGAGAUUUUCAAUUUUUUUUUUUCAUAAAUAUGGUAUGUGAUUUUGAAUGUGUUUGUCGGUGCUCAGUUCUGUGUGUUCUGCAGAAGUUAUUUACAGAUAUACAAGCAGGAUAUUCGGUCUUCCCGAGGCCCUUCUAGUGAAGUUCAUGCAAAUGUGCCUGAGCCCAAAGCUAUUUUAAUAAUAAGCAGAUAUAUGAGAACGCUUUGUUAAGUGUAUAAACAUUAGCCUAGUAAAGGGGCCCUGGAAGAUUAGAUCAGGUGCCAGAGAUAUAAAGUUACUGUAAAUAAAGGUUCAUGAAUCACUUCUGGUAUCAAAUCAAGUACAACAUAUGUUUUGGGAAUCCGUUAUGCUUUUCAUUAAUUACAGUCUGCAUCACUGAAUAGCACUGGGAUAGGUUUUUUUACGGUAUUAUAUGAUUUCAUUUGUUUUCUCUUUGUCACUUUUGGUGGCCAAUGUUUGUAAAUACAUAAUGUAAGAAGUAUAGAUAACAGCUUGGGGUGUUUUUUUGCACUACACUAUAAUUCAUUAAAGAGACCAAACUUCUAUUCCAAGCAAUAAUGCUAAUACAUAUUAAAUGAGUGUUUCUUAAAAUAAUAAUAUUUUAUAUUUUUUAAAGUGCUUGUACUUAAUAAUGCAAAAGCUAAACUGCAUACCAUUUCUUUUAUAGUAGGAAGUAAAAGUUAAAACACUAGAGUGGUGUUGGGCUCUUUUGUUUUUGUUUGUUGUUGUCGUUUUUUUAGCUAAAUAGUAUGGGCAGUGGGUUUCAACUUUACCAAAACUGGACCCAUUAGAUGCAUGGUGGAAAAUAAUGUUAUUGCUUUUGGCAGUAAAAUAUAAGGAACUUUAUAUUUGUAGCGCACACCAUAAAUAGCUUUUUACUAAAAGGAGUUAAAUAGGCAAAAAUGUAAGGAUAUUAUGUUUCUUUUAUAAAUGUUUCCUAUGUUUCACUUAUUAUGGAAAUUGUUUUAAAGGACAAUAAAGUCUUUUAAAAAGAAA